AUGUUGUACUCUCUCUCUCUCUCUCUCUCUCUCUCUCUCUCUCUCUCUCUCUCUCCUCGACACCCACAUCUCCAAAAUAUCUUCUUCUUCUUCUUCUUCUUCUUCUUCUUCUUCUUCUUCUUCUUCUUCUUCUCUCCCUUCACUUCCUCCACCCCUUCUUACCCACUUUUUUCCUCCUCCUACUCAUUCUUCUCCUCCUCCUGGAUUCUCUCUAAAUAUUGUCUACUUCCUUAUUUCCUUCUUAUUUCGCUCUCCAUUUCUCUCUCUUCAUCUCAUUCUCAUUUUCCCCCAAAUAGAUUUUUUUUAUUUGUUUCCUUCUCCCUCUAUUUUCAUUUAGCCUUCUUUCCUUUACCUCUUUCCUCUUUCUUCUUUUGUUUAUUAACCGCCAAACAAUGUGUUCCAACGACUAUCGACCAACCUUCCUCCCUCGAGAGUCAUUUUCCACCCUCGCUAAAUAUCAACACAUUUUUAUUAAAAGUGACAUCAUUCUUUUUUGCCCUUAUCUCUAUAUAUCACGCUUCUCUUUACAUUCUUUCUUACACUUCAUUUUUCUCAUCUCUUCCUUUCUCACUUUGCAUUUCAUUUUCUUUCUCUUUCAUUUUUCUUAAUAGAUUUCUGUUCAGCCUGUCUCUCUUCUCUGGUUCCGUUAACCUCCUUUUCUCCCUGCCUGCAGAAUGUUGA